UAAUCCAGACUUCAAGCUGCUCUGAAAGCUAAGUUCGAUAAAAUGAUGGGUGACUAAAAACGACAUGGUUUCGGGCGUCUCAUCAAGUGUUCACCGCAUCCCCCACCUCCAAGCCCCGCCUAAACUGAACCCAUACCGGCCUUCCAGUGUCAGCAGCUCCAGCACACGACGAAGAAACACAGAAAUGGCGUCCGCUGCAAAAGAUGAUAAGUCUAAAUCUAUGAAAAGAGUCGCUGUUGUUGGCGCUGGUGUAAGUGGGCUUGCAGCGGCUUACAAACUGAAAUCACACGGGCUGGAUGUCACUGUAUUUGAAGCUCAAGAAAGAGCCGGAGGGAAGUUGAGAAGUGUUUCACAGGAUGGCCUAAUCUGGGAUGAGGGCGCAAAUACAAUGACUGAGAGUGAAAUGGAGGCCAAAGCUUUGAUCAAUGAUCUUGGGCUUGAAGAAAAGCAGCAAUUUCCAAUUUCACAGCAUAAGCGCUAUAUUGUGAGAAAUGGCACGCCCCUUCUAGUACCAACAAGUCCUGUUGCGCUACUGACAAGCAAACUACUUUCUUCACAAUCAAAGUUUCGGAUUAUUUUUGAACCAUUUAUGUGGAAAAAGGUUGAUCCAGCUUAUGUGCACGAUGAACAUACAGAAGAAAGUGUUGGUAGUUUCUUUCAACGUCAUUUUGGCCAAGAGGUCGUGGACUAUCUUAUUGAUCCUUUUGUUGCGGGUACAAGUGCUGGAGAUCCUGAAUCUCUUUCUAUGCACUAUUCUUUUCCGGAGCUAUGGGGCUUAGAGAAAAGGUUUGGCUCUAUCAUAGCUGGGGCUUUGCGAUCAAUCAAAAGGGAAAAAAACAGAGGAGCUAAGGGUGCAUUGAGAAACAAGAAACCUAAAAGGGGUUCAUUUUCUUUUUAUGGUGGCAUGCAGACACUAACUGAUACACUGUCAAAAGAGCUUGGCAAAGAUAACCUCAAACUGAAUGCAAAGGUUUUGUCAUUAUCUUACUGUCAUGAUGGAAGUUCCUCGUCAGACAAUUGGUCAAUUACUUGUUCUUCUAACCCGGACGCACAUGUUGUAGAUGCUGUAAUUAUGACGGCUCCUCUAUCUAAUGUUAAAGACAUGAAGAUUAGAAACAGGGGAAACCCCUUUCCACUUGAUUUUCUGCCUGAGGUGACCUAUCUGCCACUAUCUGUCAUAAUUACCACCUUUAAAAGGGAGAACGUUAAGAGACCCUUGGAGGGUUUUGGGGUUCUUGUUCCUUCUAAUGAACAACGACAUGGUUUAAAAACCCUUGGUACACUCUUUUCCUCUAUGAUGUUUCCUGAUCGUGCGCCCAAUAAUUUAUAUCUUUAUACAACCUUCAUUGGGGGAAGUAGAAACAGGGAACUGGCCCACGCUUCAACUGACGAGCUAAAGCAGGUUGUUGCCUCUGACUUGAGAAAGUUGUUGGGAGCAGAGGGGGAACCCACUUUAGUCAACCAUUUCUAUUGGAGCAAAGCAUUUCCUCUGUAUGGGCAUAACUAUGGGUCAGUUUUAGAAGCAAUUGACAAAUUGGAAAAGGAUCUUCCCGGAUUUUUCUAUGCAGGUAACCACAAAGGUGGACUCUCGGUGGGCAAAGCAAUUGCUUCGGGAUGCAAAGCAGCUGAUCUUGUAAUUUCCUACCUGAACCCCGCUUCAGAAGACGCAGUGCCUAGUGACUAGUAAAUGAUUGCUAUUGUAAUGCUAGGUGUCAUACUAUUUUCCGUACUGUUGUAUUAUUUCUUUAUUUCAGCUUUAAUAGACAAGGUCAGAACUGUCAUCCUUGCACUCUGCGGCCAUUCUCAUGCUGUUUUGGGGCAAGAAAGUGGAAUUCUUAUGCAGGGAGAAUCUUCUACGCAGAACAAGAGGGCCGAAAAAAGAAGAAAGAAGACCAGGACGGGCCCAUCACUAUUUUUAGAUUUUAAUCUCCUCCCUUCCAAAGAAAGCAAAAAAUAAAAGGGAAAUGAAUCUGGCUCUUUGUCCUCUUCUGAUGCACUUUUUAACGAACCUUGGUGUGGUGACUGCUUCAUUACUAUGCUGCUCUGAUGCCGACCUGCAAUUUAAGUUGACCCUAACCUUAGUAUUAAACUCUCGAAAGCAUUCCGCUGUAACGUCUAGAACAGAGCAUCACUGACAACAUAUGAGCCCGUAGAAUUUAGAUAUCAGGACUUGCUGAGCGUGACUAGUGAUGUAUUCUGAUUCUCUUGAGGCCUGAAAUCUUAUAUUUAGGAAUUGUAGACCCUGCCACCCGCUUAAACAUAAAGUUCAAGAGAUUAAAGAUAUUAUAUUCUCCCUUAAUUUUA